AUGUAUUGCUCGUCGACUUGCCUUGAAGAAGGCGUUAUCACGCCCGAAAAAGUUGUGUUGUUCCUCCGCGAUAAACCGCCCGAUGGCUACUGCAAGGUGUUUUUGAGGAGGCGGCUGAUUGAGGAGCGCAUCAUUAAAUGUCAGGAAGAAGCGGAAAGCGUGCUGGAAAGCGUGGAAGCUACCGAACUCUGUAUAGGUGCUCUGAAUGCCAAAGAUUAUGACACCUGCUUUUUAACAGCAGCACUCCAGAAGCAGCUCAAAAUCAAGCAUGCGACGUAUUUCAGCAUCAACGGCAGCGGCAAAGUUACAACCAAAGGUGGACAGUGCAUGAGCUGCAAAUACUUCAGGAAGGCUCUCUUGACUAGGAGGUCAAGAGUACAACGAACACCUUCCAGGGCUUCCAAAAGUGUUGCCCAAAGGCUGAGGUUUCUUGCACGUAAAAACAAGCGCUUCGCUUCACGGAUUUCCACAAUGAGGGAAGAUGUUGAAAAGAUGCGGGCAUCCAAUGCAGCAGUAGCCGAAGAGACUCUAAGUGAGCAGAUUUCGAAGCUUCCCCAGAAGCAACAAGAAUGUGUCAGACAAUGCUUUGCCGCAGCAGCAGCAAAAAAGAAAGGUUUCCGCUAUAGCAAGCUGUGGAUCCUGGAAUGCAUCAUAAUGAAAAUGAAGAGUUCCCGCCUUUAUGACCACAUCAGAGACAAUGAGAUACUCUCCCUUCCGAGCAAAUCAACACUGAAACGAUAUAUGGCUCUGUACAAAUCAGCAUUUGGCUUUAGCAAAAAAGUGUUGGAAGAAUUGAAGAACAAGACGCAAGACAUGGACCCAUUCAAAAAGCACGGCGGACUUCUUGUAGAUGAGCUCAAGCUUGCAGAGCAUAUAUCUGUGAAGAAGUCAGGUCAAAUCGAAGGGUUUGUAGAUUUAAGACCGUUCACUUCUGCAGCAGACAGGACCACGCAUUCGGAUCACGGCAUGGUGAUUCUAUUUGUUCCGUUCGUCGGUGGAUGGACGCAAGUGAUCGGGACAUUUGCAACCAGAGGCAACAUCAAAGGCGAUUUGCUAACUCAAAUUAUGGUAGAGGCCACAGUGCUUACUGAGAAGAGCGAGCUUUUUGUUGACAUUAUAACGUGUGACGGCGCCACUUGGAACCGUCGGAUGUGGACAUUGCUCGGUGUAAAGGGAACGCGUGGCAGCGUGAAGUGCAAAGUGAAACAUCCAGUUGAUGAAAGCCGUUAUUUGCACUUUGUAUCGGACUUUCCCCACCUCAUAAAGUGCUUGCGGAACGGACUUUUGAAGUGCUCAUUUAACACAGCAGACGGGGACGUGUCGUGGCAUGUCAAGAAAGCCUACGAUCUUGACUUCAAGAGCCUUACGUUAAAGGCAAUGCCAGGAAUAAUCAAGUGCCACGUGCAGCCAACUUCAUUCGAGCGGCUCAGCUGCGAGCAGCAUAGAGUUUCCUACGCAUUCCAACUCUUUGGGGAGAGAGUUCUUCAAGGGCUCCACCUUUACAAGGAUGAAAUUGAGGCGAAGACAGGACCCAUAAAUGGCACACAGGAGUUUUUCAAGUAA